AAACCGGAAGUGCUGCGUGAAAUUUGCAAGAUUCCAAGUUGUCAAGACUUCAAUAGGGAGCGCUGAAAAUUAGAUGUUGUGUUUCCCUAGAAACGCUGGGGAAUCCGUCACUACCUGUCCUGAGCAGGAGACUAGACGUAGGACCAUCAUGUCCUCUGACCUGCUGGUGGACCUUCACGAUGAUCUGGGAGGAGACGACUCUCCUAGCGCUGCCCUGGACCAGCUCAAACUGGUACAGGACAAACAGUGGCCACCAGAUGACCCUGUUAGCUUGAGCAAAUCCGCUUCAGAUAUUAAAAGCCUUGGUGGUACUUCACAUCUGCCCUGGGACGACCCCUUCUAUGACAUUGCCAGACAUCAGAUUGUGGAGGUGGCAGGUGAUGAUAACUUUGGUCGGAAGGUCAUUGUUUUUAAUGCUUGCCGCAUGCCUCCCCAACAUCAGCUGGACCAUCAUAAACUUCUUAUGUAUUUGAAGCAGACUCUUGAUAAGUAUGUGGAGAGUGAUUAUACCCUCAUCUACUUCCAUCAUGGUCUGACCAGCGAGAACAAGCCCUCUCUUCGAGAUGCCUAUCGAGAGUUUGACAGGAAGUAUAAGAAAAAUAUCAAGGCGCUGUACAUAGUCCAUCCCACCAUGCUUAUCAGAACCAUCCUUAUUCUCUUCAAACCCCUCAUCAGCUUUAAGUUCGGCCGUAAGAUAAACUACAUAAAUUAUUUGAGCGAGCUGGAGGAGAUUGUGAAAUGUGAUCAGCUGGUGAUCCCCAACAGAGUCCGAGAGUAUGAUGAUAAGAUCCGUCUGUCCCUGAAGCCGUCUGUCGUCCCUGGACCGAUCUCUCCCCCUCGUAGUCCUCCUCUUCCUUUCCAGCAGUUUGGGGUCCCACUGUCAGCAUUGAGACACAGGGCGGCAGACUCCGAGGGAAUUCCACUAGUCAUGCGUGAUACUACUGGAUUCCUGCAAGAGAAUGGUCUUAAGACAGAGGGAAUAUUCCGGCGUUCUGCUAAUGUUUCUUUGGUUAAGGAAAUUAAGCAGAAAUAUAACUCAGGAGAGGAAGUGAGUUUCUCGCAGCUGGACGAUGUCCACUUGGCAGCUGUGAUCUUAAAGAUGUUCCUCAGAGAACUGCCAGAGCCGCUGCUCACCUAUCAGCUCUACAACGACAUUGUCAACUUCCACAAUGUUGACACAGAGUCGCAGGCAGAAAGGAUUCGGAACAUGCUGACGUCACUUCCUGAGGAGAACUAUGCAUCACUGCGCUUCCUCAUACAGUUUCUUGCUCAGGUGUCUGCUGAGAGUGAAGUCAAUAAGAUGACCAAUGCCAACCUGGCUGUGGUGUUUGGGCCCAACUUGCUGUGGGGGCAGGAUGCUUCCAUGACACUCAGCGCGAUCGGACCAAUCAACAACUUCACCCGCAUCCUGCUCGACCUACAUCAGGAGGUCUUUAUCCAGUGAGGAGUGGGAGAACUUUUCACGAGGACUCCUCUCCGGUUAUUGUCCCUCUCCGUUCCAUAGCUUUGCUCCUCUGUUGCUGUGUCCCGUCCUUCGUGUCUCCCUCAGUAUUGCCAAAUGCAUGAGUAUUUUAACUGGGUGAAGCUAUGAAAAAAAAAGGAUACUGGAGGGCACAGAGCGGUCAAGCUGUCACAAACGUUUAGGCUGUGAUCAAAUUCUGACAAUCGUCUCCUUUUCUCUCCUGCAGAAGUCAUGUAGCUGUUGUCAGGCAUAAUGGUACUGCACAGGCACAAGAGUUUUUAUAUGGUGUGUUAGCAGAGGCCUAAAUCAAUAAACCAACAAAGUGUACAGGUAGCUGCUUUAGUUUGUUUUGGUAGCUCAUCAGCUUGCUUUGGAUAUUGUUUGUUCGACUUGACCGAAUUCAUUUCAGUUCAGAAGUAAAAUUAGACUACAUGCACACGUCCUCAUUUUUGUAAGCCAUAGUUGGCACAAGCUAUGGACAAGUAUAAAGCACUACUACUCAAACUUGAAACACUUAUUUUAAACAUGCAUUUCUUAUUACAUAAAAUAUAUGGUAUUAUGUAUUGUCUCAAAGAACUUUCUUUGGAAGUCUUCAUUUAUAUUAUCAUAUCAUUAUAUUAUUUUUUUCUAGAAUCUUUUUGUGGCGUCUCAGUGAUUCCAGGAACAGGGCAGAUGCUUAUGGCCAGCACAAAUUUCCUGAUGCUGAAACAGAAAAGGAAAGUUAUUUUUCUGAUCAAAACCUCCGCUUCUUCUAUCUGUAUGUGUGUGAGUUUUGUGUGGUCUGUUCAGUAAUUCCGUUGUAUUAUUCUACCCCAGACAUAUUUAUUUUGGCCAAAGAUUAUAUGGUUAAAAUGUUUGUGUGAUCAAUUUUAUUUGUUACUAGAAGACGUACUGCCUGUCGGGGACGGUGCCAUUACACAUUUGAAACAAAAGCCAGAAGACAGAAAUAGCAAAGAACAAUUUGAUGUCAUUUUGUCAUCUUAGUCAAAUUGUGGUUUUAUCUAUGAGGAAACAUAUAUAACUCGUGCAAUGAGUUAUUACUGGAGUGCAUAAAAUCCAAGUACAGCAUCCAAUUGAGUCUGGUUUCAUGGGUCUGAAUUCCAAAAGAACCAUAAAGCAGGUACUUGGGCACUAAUUAUUUAGCACUAAUGAGUUGUGUCAUAUGCCUUGAUAUUGAAUUGUAACCGUUUACUGUGUCAUGUUAACGUCCUAUUCAUGUCAAUCCAUCCGAGCAUUGACAUGUGGACCAGUGGCUUAAAUAGUUUUAGACAAGCGCCCUCAAACCCAAGUGUCUGUGUGCCUUAAUGGAGUGAACUGGCGAUGAUAUUAGCUGUUAAAUUCCCUUUCUCUGGACAGAUCUGUGAACUUUGUGACAUUUUGUUGUACUUGUAUCCAAACAUCUACCUGUUUACCUGUACUGUAGUGUAUUUCUGGUUUCCAGGUGGAACUUUGCAUUACUUCUUUUGUGAAGGUUCUUUUCUUCCAUUUUGGCUGUUAAAGUGUAUUCUGUGCUUUUGAAAUCUUUACUUUUGUAUAUCAUGUUGUGAUUUCAGAGUAAUAAAUCGUUAGAGAUGGUGUA